AUGUUGAGUUCCUGUAUGAAAGAAGUAAGCCCAGCUACUUCUGAUCUAGGUUUGUGGCGAAUUGUUCCGGACGGCAAGGGUGCGUUCUGGCUGGUCACAGCUGCCACUCAUCGCAUCCCCGACAAGAUGAUCUACAUUGCCAGUAGGGGGUGGAGCGAAUAUAGCUUCAACUGGGACCCGCAAACCAAGUUCAACAUCAUCCUCAGCGGUUCAGAUCAACGCAUCGGGGCCUCUACAAACUACUGGAUCAUUUCUGGCGAGGGCCACCGCGAAGGCCAGCGACGCAAGAUGAUCUACUGGGACAACGGCCCCAAGUUUGAUCCCUUCAACGUAGCCUCCACGACCAGCUGGCGACUUCUUUCAGAUGGAAGUGGUCAAUUCUGGCUUGUCACGAGUUAUACGCAAGCGCAACCCGGAAAGAUGAUCUUCGUGAAGGAUGGCGCCAUCCAUUCUUACUCCUGGAAUGAGGCGCUGCUCGUCCUCCAUGUAUGCAUGGCCAUGAUCCACUGGCGUGCAUGA